AAGAGGAGGCAUAUUAAUUUUUCUUUAACUGGGCCAUUUUGUUCUUGAUAAAAAGAGGCUAGUAUCAAUUGGUAUUACAGGAUAAAGAAAGAACGGAGGCAAGCCGGUAAACGAGAUUAAAAUGGUAGAGGUCGUCACCUAUUUUAUGUAGGUGAGGUGCCCACAUACUAUAGAGAUUAGGAGAGAGGAGAGAGGGAAGGAGUGACCGCGUUGAAAAACGUUCUAGUGGUUUUAAAAGCCAUAAACAGACAUGCUCUGUAACUGCUGUGUUCUUGCCUCCUCUCCUCUUCCUAUAAACACUAAUACCUCUCCUUGGCUUCUUUUGUGUUUUGUUUUGAGUGUUAGCUAGCUAAUCGUUUGUUCUUUUGCUGGUUGGCUGGUUAAUCUUUUUAUGCUUCUAUCCUAGCUACUACUAUUUCUACCACUCCAGCUUUAUCGUGCUCUGGUAAAAGAUACUACGUCCACUACACACAGAGAGAGGGAAAGGGGAAAGAUAGUGAGUGCCAGAGAGAGCAGGGGACUGGGCAAAAGGGUUUUUUUUUUUUUUUCUCUUAGAAGAGAGCGUUUCUUGUUUCUUGUUUCUUGUUUCUGUUCUUUUGAUUUGUUUUUUACUUCUUCUCCUGUGAAGUAUGAUUGGUUGCGAGGCUGAACUGAAGUGAAAGUCUGGUUUUGGGUGCUGCUUUGAAGGGACUGGUUCGGUUGGGCCUUCUUUUCAUAUUUUUGGAAGUUUCUUGUAAAGCUUCUUGUCUUCAAAUGAACACAAGUCUUUGCAUUGUUCAGCAACAAAAUCAAAUUUAUGUAGGCGUUAAUACCAAGGUAAAAAAACUCUUUGUAUAGCCAAAUUAAGAUAAAACAAACUGCAGCGAAGUGUGUGGGGGUUGGCAGCAAAGAAAGAAUUUAUUAUCAUUUAGCUAUAAAAUUCUUCCUCCUCACGAGAAACAAGCAAGAAAAACAUUCGCUCCAUAAGAACAACCUUCACUGUUUUCUUUUUCAUCUCUUCCUUUUCUCUCAUGGAGUACAAUCAAUCUUCAGAAAUGCAAGAACCCAGUAUAGACACUGACAAACUCAGCUACGAAAUCUUUUCAAUUCUUGAAAGCAAGUUUCUCUUCGGAUAUGAUGAUCAGAAACUCUGGAUUCCUAAACAGGUCUCUCCUGAAACAAUUGAAGCAAAACCCGAGUCACAGAAUCCCUCGGUUCUUACAGAAAACAACAGUUCCUGGCUGUCUGCGAUCAAGAAUCAAAGAGGCAAAAUCUGCAUAUUGUCUAUUGAUGGUGGUAGCAGUCUAAAAGGGAUUAUUUCAGGGAAAGCAUUGGCUUAUCUUGAAAACGCGUUGAAAGUGAAAUCAGGCAAUCCUGACGCCAGGAUUGCUGAUUAUUUUGAUGUUGCAGCCGGAACUGGAAUUGGCGGAAUCUUCACGGCUAUGCUUUUCGGCACCAAAGAUCAUAGCCGUCCGAUUUUGAAAGCUGAAGAGACUUGGAAGUUCUUAGCUGAUCAGGGCAAGAAAUUUUACACUUACGGAAAUGGUGGGUUUUUCAAGCGGUUUUUCAGAGGUGGCGCAACCGGUUCAACAGCUGCUACAGCCGGUUUAGAGAAGGCCAUGAAGGAGACUUUUAGUGAUAAGGGCCGGAAUUUGACUUUGAAAGAUACUUUAAAGCCGGUUUUGAUUCCUUGCUAUGAUCUUUCCAGCACGGCGCCAUUUUUGUUUUCAAGAGCGGAUGCAUUGGAAACGGAUAGUUUUGAUUUCCGGCUUUGGGAAGUUUGUCGGGCUACAUCUGCAGAACCGGGUUUGUUUGACCCGGUUUUAAUGGGGUCCAUUGACGGUCAGACCAGGUGUUUGGCAGUUGAUGGUGGUUUAGCCAUGAGUAACCCGGCCGCAGCAGCUAUUACUCACGUGCUGCAUAACAAGCAGGAAUUUCCUUUUGUUAGAGGAGUUGAGGAUUUGUUGGUGUUGUCCUUAGGGACUGGUCAGAUUCUUGAGGUUAGUUAUGAAUAUGAGCAGGUUAAGAAUUGGAGGGCCAAGCAGUGGGCUCGACCGAUGGCUCGAAUCUCAGGUGAUGGUUCGGCUGAUUCAGUGGACCAGGCCGUGGCCAUGGCAUUUGGUCAGUGUAGGAGCAGUAACUAUGUAAGAAUUCAGGCAAAUGGGUCCAAUCUAGGAAGAUGUGGACCUAAUGUGGACACAGACCCUAGUCCUAACAAUGUAAAGAUGCUGAUUGGAAUAGCAGAGGAAAUGUUGAAGCAGAAAAAUGUAGAAUCUGUGCUGUUUGGUGGCAAGAGGAUCGGGGAGCAAAGCAAUUUUGAGAAACUUGAUUGGUUUGCUGAACAGCUUGUGUUGGAGCAUCAGAGGAGGAGCUGCAGAAUUGCUCCCACUGUUGCUUUCAAGCAAGCUGCCACCAAAACAACCUAGACUAUUCUCAACAGUGUCAAGAACCAAAAUCAAACGAAAAAGGAAAGGCGGAAAAUAUAUUCAAGGAACAAAAAGGAAAGGAAAGGAAAGGAAAGGAAGAGGGAAAAGGGUAACAUAGCAGCAGCUUUUACUUUUGAAAGUCACGAAGAUAGCAAGAGAAGAAGAGCAGGUGAGGGGAUUGAGGGAAGAAGGACAAGAAGAACAUAGAGAGAGGGUAGAAGAUCUUAGUGGGAUACUUUGCCUGCCAGGUGAUGGACAUGGUGGUGUCCACUCCACCUUUCUACCAUGGCAAGGAACCGAGAAAGAAGAGAAACAAAGAAGAGAAAGCAAGUAUCAGUUAAGCUUUUGAAGGUCAAACCAAGUAUCAGGUGUGAAUCUUUUAAUGUCAGUUAAGAUUUUUGGGUGGGAAGACUCUGUUUGUAUAUUUGCUUUAUUUAUUUUAUUUAUUUAUUUUCUCAAUCGGACUCAACUCUCAAGAAACUUGAGUGUGGGGUACAUGGUGGGCUACCUGCACUGAACCCCUGAUAUAUAGCCAAGUCCCUCUUCUUCUUUUUUUAUUACUACAAGCCAGAGUUCUUUACUGAGCUUUGGUCCCUUUUCA